AUGGGGUUCUGUGAGUAUAAACAAAGGAGAUUGCUCAAUCUGGAGCCAAGAAAUCAUAGCAAACUGGAGCAGGUGACAGAGUUCAUUUUGAUUGGCUUCCAACUUCCUAGGUGCUUGGAGCUCUUCAUUUUUGUGGUGCUUCUUCUCAGUUUCCUGCUAACAUUAGCUGGGAAUAUUGCCAUCAUCACACUGGUACGUCUGGACCAGCGUCUCCAAACCCCCAUGUACUUUUUCCUCUGUAACCUCUCACUCAUGGAGGUCUUCUUUGUCAUAUCUAUCAUCCCCAAGAUGCUGGUGAACAUGGUUUCUCUGAACAAAGCUAUCUCUUUCUUGGGCUGUGUGGCCCAGUGCUAUUUCUACUUCUCCUUUGCUACCAGUGAAACCAUCCUUAUUGCCGUGAUGGCCUUUGAUCGCUAUGUUGCCAUCUGCAGACCACUUCGCUAUGCCAUCAUCAUGAAUGGAUGGGUCUGCACCUACUUGGUCCUGGGUUGCUGGAUGGGUGGCUUCCUUUCUAUCCUUGCCCCAAUCAUUUUGCUCUCUUACCUUUCCUACUGUGGCUCUAAUAUUAUAGACCAUUUCUUCUGUGACUAUGCCCCAAUGAUAAAACUUUCCUGCAAUGACGUGUAUGCUCUCCUGGCUGUGGAGACUGCCCUGUCCUCAGUGGUGCUCCUGGGCUCUUUAACGGUCACUGUUGUCUCUUAUGUCUACAUCAUCACAACCAUCUUAUGCAUGCAUUCCACCAAAGGUCGGCAAAAGACAUUUUCUACCUGUGCAUCUCACAUCACUGUUGCCUCCAUCUUUUAUGGCAGUUCAAUCUUUAUGUACUCUUUGCCCAAUCAGGGACGUUCUCAGGCUGUCCAGAUGGCAUUUGCUGUCCUUACCUCAGUGGUGACACCAUUACUAAACCCAUUUAUUUAUACUCUAAGGAAUCAGAAGGUCAAAGAGGCCUUAAAAGACUGUUUAAGGAGGUGGAAUGAGUGGAAAUAA